GUUUAUGGUGACUAAUAAACGGAGAAGAAGAAUUGAUCAAAAAAAAAAUGAAAAUCACGUGAACGCGUGAACGUGAAAAAUAGUUGCACUUGAUUUACGUGUUCGUGAAUUCUUACAACUACUGUUAAAGUUAUUAUCGAGUAGGCCGUGGUGAGAAAGUAAUAAGAUGUUCAUUGUAAUGAAAUUGAUUAAAUAUUUCGCAUUAUUAUUGAUAUUUUGUUCUUGUGCAAACACCGUAGAUUUAGAAUACUAUUAUGAAGACAAGGCUGAUUAUAGAAAUGAAGACAUUAAUGAGAAUAGAAACGAAUCUAUUGUAAGUGAAAAGACACAUUUUCUGGAAGAUAAAGUUUCUGAUAUUAAAAGUUCAAAUGACGCUUCUAAUGGUUAUUUUAAUAACAGUGACGAAGCUGUUCCUAACACAAAUAAUACAAAUGUUACACACGAUGGAAGGAAAUCGAUACUAUCACAAAUGUUGAGAAAUAGUUUGAAUAAAAAACAGUCUAAUAAAACGGUGUCCGUCAUGAAAUCGAAACUGUUCAAAGACUAUGAAUAUGCUUAUGAUGAUGUUGACGAUCAGCUAAAUUUUCUACGUGACGUAAAUAUUACUAGUCCUUCAAAUUCUGAUAAGAAAAAUAGAAAUCUCAUCUUUAAAGAACACAGAAGUUCAGAGUUUUAUAACAUAGAACCAGCAGCCGAUUCUGACUUUUUGCAAAGGAAUUGGAGUAAUAUAAAUAGUAGUGAUAUUUGGUAUGUUCCGGAGAAAUAUCCCUGCUGGGAGCUGCCACUCCUCUAUGGACAGUUAGGAUCUAAAAAUAAUAAAGAAGAUGUCUUCUUACUUUAUAGUGGACGUCUGAAAAACGUAGUCGAUCCGGGGUUUCAGAAACUAAAGUCCAGACUCUACAUGGCUGAAUAUCAGAAUUUUAACACUUGGUGUGGAGUACAACCUUGCUACGGAGAUCACACGCUCUGCUUGUUUCCUGAUUCUACACUAUCGACAAUUUGCGAGACUGGAUAUACAGUAAAAGUGCCAUCUAUAAUGAGUCAAAUGGGAAUUAUCAACACACUUAAUUCUAUGCGGAAUCGCGUGGCUAGCGGGGAAUCUGAAAGAUAUUCACACCUGCCUCCAGCAGCUAAUAUGAAACAAAUCAAUUACGACUACGAUUUACAAAAGAUAUCAGAGGCUUGGUUGCGUCAGUGUCUGCCAGGACCGGCGCCCUGUUCUGCGUUGGAAGGCAAGUUUGUGGCACAACUAGAAUGUACUAAAUAUGCGAAUUAUUGCUGCUUCAACACUCGGAAAUCAGCGGUUCAAUGUAUCCCGAAAUCCGCAUGCUUUAUCAACGCUGUGAUUGGAUGUAUUCAUUUAUGGUAUUGGAGCGCUGGUCGGCAUCUUCAAAAAGCAGACGUUCAAUGUGGCCGUGCUGCUGUAAGAAACUUUAAUACGGUGCAAUUACUUUGGGCCACCACCACAAAAGUCGGAUGUGCAUAUGCAAGGAGAAGAAAUGGUGACAUAAGAGUUGUUUGCAAUUUUGCACCUGGGGCGCCCUUUGUCAUUGACACCAGACUUUACUGUGGCAUAAUUACUCAUGAACCAACAAAGGAAUUCGGUGACGAUCCCCAAAAAAUUAAUGACAUGAUGCCGUCACUUGGUGUCUCAUGGAACCAUAUACAGCAAAAGAACAGGGAGCAUCCAACUUCAAGUAAGGUCGAUCCACUGUACAGUACAACAGAAGGUUUAAAGUCCAUAUGGGGAGUGCAGAGCCUGAAUAAAAUAUACCUCGAAGAUUGGGUCAGGGAGCUUAUGGGCAAGAGGAAGAACGGCUCGAAGUGUGUGAUAGCCAGGUUGGUGACCAAGUACACGUUCAUAGACGUAAGUGAAGCCAAGUGUGAUAUGAAUCAGUCGGUCUACAUUGCUGGAGCGCCGGGCUCCGAGUGCGCGGAAAGAGGCAGGCGUUACGGGAACCUUUGCCACGACUUCCGGGAUCCAACGCCUGGCUAUAGGAUGGUUGCUGUCGUGGCUCCUGUUGCUCUGUUCACUCUUAUCCUAUAUGAUUUGUUCGGCGGUGUUGUAAGACAGUCGAGCUCUAGGUAAAUUUGAUAGUUUGCUGGUCAUCUAGGAUCUAUAUUCCAGAAAAUAAUUAAAUAGCCAAAUAAUGGAGAUGUAUAACUGCGCAAACGGAUAUUGAAUAUGUUUUUCUGUAACUAAGAAUAUUAAUUUUUAUUAGAUGUUUGUCACUAAUGAAU